GCGGCGUGGUUGUGUUUCAAUCGAGAUAUUUCCAGAAAUAUAUACUUAAAUAUAUCUCGAUCCCAUCGGACCAGAGAUCGCGAGUUCAGUGAAGUGUUCAAAGAGUUUACGACAAGCCUGUCAGAAUGGCAGCAAGAAUUUUUUAAAAAUCAUUUUGUGAAAAAUCACUAUCCCUUUAUUGAAAUCAUAUUUCAACGGAUCAAAUUUAAAUAUAUAGAAUUAAUAUAAGUUAAAUUUGGAGUACACUUUUAAGGAUUCCGCACCGAGAAUUAGAGCACACGGAGAGUGAGUGGGGUGAACGGGGCAAUGGGCGCCUUAACGACGACAGCGGCGCUUAUGACCAUCCGCCCGAACCUGCGGCGGGCCACGGUGCGGAUGCGUGAUAUUCCCGACCUGGCCCUUGACAACUGAGAAUGCCAAAAGGUAGCAAGAAGGCAAUUGCGCCGGCACUCGCUGCGAAUCGAUAACCGCACAGCACACAAAGUGCUGAUCAGCCAAUCAAGGCGAGCAACUAAGCGAUAUAGGGGCACCACCCAAAAGCAGCAGCACCACCCACCACCCAAAAAAAGAAAAAAAGUCGGAGGAGAGCAGCAACAAAAAAAGAAGAAGGAGGAAGGAAUAGCGAACCCCGAGCCCCAGGAUGCGGAUGUGGAUGUGGAUGCCGCAGGCUGUGCAGCUGCUGUUUGUGAUGGGCUUGUGGGUGCUGCAAGGUCAGGCUCAAUUGGAAUCAGAUUCAGAAAUGGAGGCAGCGGGAGGAGGGGUAGGAGGAGCAGCAGGAGGACCAGCGGGAGCUGCAGGAUCCCCACGGAACCGCAUCAAGGCGGAAGCGGAUGCCCUGAUGACGGGCGACAGCUUCAACAUUCGCCACGGGCGCUCUCGUUCGCAUUUCCUCCAUGGAAGCUCCAGCAGCAGCAGCAGCAGCAGCACAAAUGGCAGUACAAGUGGCAUUGGUGGCACCACCCGCCUCCUCCUGGUCACGCCCACCCCGCAACCGGGGGCGGGUGGCACAUCGCCGGCACCCGUCACGCAUAAAAUCCGCAAAUUGCACAAGAAGAAAAUCAACGAGAGCAUACGCAAAAGUGUGGACAAAAGCCUGGGCCUCCUCCAUCCGCCGAAGAACCAUCGCAGCUUGGCGGAGGCCGAGCAUCUGCAGGGUCGUCCUGCCAGCGAGGACGCCGAGGACACGGCCCUCAGCGAGGUCAUGCAGCUGGCGGACGAGAUUGAGCUGGAGAGUUCAUUCGCCACGGUGGCUCCGCUGCCAGGUGAUCCGGAUAUCGGUGUCGGUGGCAAACAGGCGCGCCAAUUUGUUCGUGAUGAGGCCAAUUACCAAGGGGAUGAUGGUGGCGAUGAUGGGGAUGGAGAUGAUGGUGACGAUGAUGACGAUACACUGGAGGAGGAGGAGGAGGCGGAGGAGCUACCCUCGUCCACCACAAGCAAACCGAAAAUGGCCAGAACUCGUUUGUUGCCAGUGAAUGGCACUUGGGAGCGAAAGCCCAGUGAUUCCUCCUCCGAAUCGGAUUACGGGAACAACGAGGAUGAGGUGCCACCCUUUGGCAAGCUGAACGAGAGUCUCAGCACCACGGAGUGGAUGGACGAGGGUCAGCGGGAGUCGCGAAAUGAACCCGAGGCGGAGGCCAGAUCCCAGGCAGCCAGCAUGGAGAUCAAGCAGAUCAGCUUCGACAGUGAAAUUGAUUCCGAUUCGGAUUCGGAUUCCCUGCUGGACACCUCCGAGGUGACCAUGGAUGAUGGCUAUCCACCAGAUGUGCAGAUAGAUGAUAAAACUAAGCAGUUGGUUAUUGGCGAUGUGGAGGGUGAGGAUGGGGGUGAUAAUAUGGAGUCCAGUCAGAUAACCGCCGAUGUGAUAAAUGCGCGGGAUAGUAAGAUCGAUCUGGUGUCCAAGUUCCUGCAGUACAUCGAACAGCAGCACCUGAUGGGCUCCAACUGUGUGGCGGGGACCUCCCUGAAUCUCGGAGAGGGCGUGGUCGACCGGUAUGCCCAGGACAGAUUCCGGGUGGAGGCCGAGGUGGCCGUCAAUCGCGCCAAUAUGCUGACCAGGAUCUUCAAGACGACCGGCCGUUCGGUGCAGGAGGAUGUCAACCUGCUGCACGCCUCCGUUCUAUCAAUGGUUGAGUUCGACGAUGAUAUAUUCGCGGCCGGAAAUUGCUUCGAUUGGAACGAGCAUCCAGCGCAGCCGGGACUCUUCUGUCCGUUCGCCUACCGCCUGCCGCCUCCGAACUUGGGAGCGGUCUUCGCCAAGGAUCUGGCCAUGGAGUACCACUAUCUGGGCAACACCUCCGAGUGGUUCUUUCUCGCCCGCAAGAACGCCGAGAAGGUGAUAGCCCGCAACGAGCAGUAUCUUAAGUCUUUUCAUCUGUACUCGAACCGCACGGAGGAGCGCAUCGAGGACGACACGCUGGCUGUGAAAUACGAGGACGGCAGAUGGUCAAAACCGUAUUACGACUGCGGCGGCGGCAACAUUUGGAUGCUGACCUACACGGUUCCAUUCUUUGGCUAUGAGAACGGCACCUACCACUUCAAGGGCACAUCUGGCAUCGAUAUCGACUUGCGGCGCGUGGACAUCGACCAGUGUCCGCAGCGCCACACUCCCGGAACCAAGCGGCCGCUGAACAUCUUCGCCGGCACGGACAAGUGCAAGCAGCGGACCACCAUGUGCGAGGCCAUCAUGGGACUGGGAUUUCGGCGCGGCUCCUACAAAUGCCUGUGCCGCAAGGGAUUCUACUUCCCCGACAUCGUGUCGCAGCACAAGUUCUUCAACGGCAGCCUGCUGGAGGAGGAGUACGAGAAGCUGAUGCUGGGCAAGAACUCGACGUACAACAGCAACAGCGAGUACGAGUGCCUUCCCUGCGCCGAGGGCUGUGACUCCUGCGAGGACUCCUCGCCCUGCAUCGCCGCCCUAAACUGGCCGAUGCGCACGAGCAUCCUGGCGCUGGCCUGCAUCGUGAUUGGCCUCCUGCCCCCAGCCGCCUGGUUCACCUUCCGCUACCAGCAGGUUAAGGUUGUAAGGGCCGCCAGUCCGGCUUUGUUGCGGGUCAUCGCCUUGGGCGCCUUUUUCAUCUACUGCACGAACAUUGUGAUGUAUCCCAAUCCCAAUCUUUACACCUGCACCGCUCGCAUUUGGCUACGUGAGAUUGGAUUCUCAUUGACCUACGGAGCUCUGAUGCUAAAGACCUGGCGGAUAUCUGUGAUUUUCCGAGUUCGUUCGGCAAAGGCUGUGAAAAUCACCGAUGCCGCCCUGCUGAAGCGACUGGGAAUCAUCUGUGGGGCCAUCGGAACCUGCCUGCUGGUCAGGACACUCGUCUCGCCUCCAGAUGUUGUGGUUGGGCGCACUGCCGACGACCUGAAGGCGUUCCUCUGCAAAACCGACUGGUGGGACUACACAUUCACCUCGAUGGAGGUCCUGUUCCUGGCGUGGGGCGUUCGGUUGUGCAUCAUGGUGCGGAAGGCGCCAUCGGAGUUCAACGAGAGCCGCUUCAUAUCGAUGGCCAUCUACAACGAGUUCCUGCUCACCUGCUUCCUCAACGUGUCCAUGCUCUUCCUGCAGUCGCCGGCCAAUCCGGAUUUGCUGUACAUCAUAUUCUUCUGCCACACGCAGCUGACUGUAACGCUGCUGCUGGCCCUAAUCUUUGGCAGCAAGGUGUACAUCGUGCUGCGUAGCGGCAAAUCGCAUCAGGAGAACAUCGGUUUGGGCACCAAGGCAUCGGGGGCGAAAUUCAAUUUUCGUCCCCAAGUGCGCACCUUUGCCAAUCCCAGCUCGGUGACCACCUCCACCGUCCCGGUGGCUGGCACCACCUCCGCAGAAACAAAGCUUUCCGACCAGGAGGCGCUGGAGGAGAUCCGACAGCUGAGCAUGCAGCUGCAACGCAUCCAGGAGAUGGCUCCGCCGAAAGGCGUGGCGGUGAUGACGAUCUCCAGUCUGCUGGAUGGCCUGAAAACCCCGGGCGGCCUGAUGGUGGUGGCGGCGGCCGCGGGGGCGACUGCCCAUGGCCACUCGGCGGCCACCAGGCAGAGUGCUCUGCCCCUGCUCGCCUUGAAUGUGGAGAUGCAGAAGUACAGCCAGCAGAACAACAAUGCGAAUGGGCGGAGUGGCAGGACGAGUAUACCCACGAUGGUUCUGGAAACGCCGCCCAGCUCGACGCCUCCGUCGGCUGCCUUUGAGGAGCGGGCGAUGAACACGGAGCUCAGUGGCGACGACUUCCGGGAGCAGCUCCUCCGGCGGACCGCCGACGGUCACAUCAUCUGCAGUCGCUGCUUGGAUGCGUCCAAGGAGCACUACUACUGCUGUCCGCCGCGCAGCGCCUGCGAUCAUCUGGGAUCGCCGAAGGACGAGGGCAGCCUGAGCUUCGCCAACAUCAAGCUGGAGUGCAUGUGCUCCCAGUCGGAGGACCUCGACCAGGACCAAGGGCUGCGCCAACGAAAGCCGACGGUGCGAACGGCGGCCACCAAUACGCCGCCGACCAGCUGCAAACGGGCUCCGCGGAAUCUUCUGGAGGCGGAGCUCAGCAUUUCGUAUCAAAUUUGUGAUAACUGUAGAAGUAAGUACAAGCUGACGGGUCGCCGGCGGAGCGGCAGCUACUCCCAGGCGCAGACGAACUCCCAACUUGGCCAGCAGCCGAGCGGCCAAGUGCAGAUCCAAUCGCGUAGCAGCGAAAUCCUGGAUCGCACGGCGGCUGUAGAAGUGGAGGCCGAGACGAGGACCAAGGCAGCUCACUCCACGGAUGACAUAGUCCUGUUCACCAGUGCUGAGAAGGAGGAUAACGAGGCGCAUUCCCAGCUGAAUCCGGCUGAACCCUUGGCCGCUCCUUCGCUGGGCAAUGUGUCCAAUGCCUCGAACAAUUCCACCAGCGGUAGUGGAGCAACCAGUCGGCCAAAGAGGCCGGAUAAGCUCGUCCUGGAUCUGAACGAUCGGUCCAAGUACACCAAAGAGGUUUCCGUGUAAAGAGAAUGAAUUUUUCGGCCAGCCAUGCAAAGCUGUUCGGCAACAAAGUCCAAGACACUCAACUUUAAAACUAAAUGGUUUUCCAAAAGGUAUUACCGCUUGUUAUGCUGUUUUCCAAUAGUUUAUCAUACUUUUAAACCAAAGAUAUUGUACAAGAAAGUUUCUAAAAUUCAUUAACUUUUGUUAAAUUUAUUCAAUGUUGAAGGGUUUGAUUUCAAACGAAGAUUUCUUUAGCAACCCGAAUUAAACCGAUUGAGAUCUUAGGCAAUAAAAGAAACCAAUGGUUUUUGGCUUUAAAUCGUCGAACAGAUUUCGUAUUGACUGCCGGCAAUCAAAAAUGUUUUAUGCUUAGGCCAGUUAAAUUAUCAAAGACUUUAUUAAAUUACAUUUGUACCAUUACCUAGAUAACUGAUUGAUUUAGCUAAAUGUAGGAUAUAAGUCAAGCCAACAAAAAAAAAAAAAAAAAACACCCGACUUUAAUGAAAGUGCAGUGAAGCCAGGAGUUUUGCGAUUUGCAAUGCUAAGCAAAAUGGUUUGCAACUAAAAUGAGCCCCGAAAUGUUGUGAAUUUAUUGGAUUUGGCAAACACCAGCAGACGCGAAAGUCAACAACGCACUUCGUUGAAAGUCAUGUGUUUUUGCCGGCAUAAUAAUUAAAUUUACAUUUCCAUGUAUGUAGAUAAUUAAAUCUAAAUUGCUUACUAAUUGAAAGCUGCAGCGAGCCAUUUCCAAUGAAAAUGAUUUCAGAACUCAUAAUGAUGAUGAUGGUGGUAAAAUGCAUUUGCUGUAAUAUUUAUUAAGCCAUGUUUAAGUGCCGAUCUAUUCAAAAUGGGAGCCCAACCACACACACACAUACACAGAAACAUACACACACACAUACAUUGUUUAUAAUGGCCACUCUGUAAAAUAGUUAAUGAAAGUUGAUGUGAACUGUAAAAUACACAUAUCUCCUUUAAACUCACUAAAUACCUUCCAACUAAAUAUAGCGAAUAAAUAAUUGUAGUUACAAUUAAGCAUUAAUUAGCUGUCGUACAUUUAGCUGCAAUAUGAUAAAUAUUUCAAAAUCAAUUCAAAGCUAAACAUUUCCCACCCCUUUGCCGAAAAUAAAAAUACAAAUUGCAAUUCAGUGUUGUCGCUCGAACAAACAAAUCAGAACAACCGACAAUUGCAUGGAUUUAUGUACUGUAGUUAAGCGUUGAUGUUAUUGAGUUGGAAUAUGUGCAUUAAAUGCGUUUGUUUAAAGCAAUCCAAUAAAUGGCGAAUCUACUGAAUGUACACCUAAAA